AUGGACAGUGAUGAUUACUCUACAGAGGAUUCGAAGAAAAGAAAAAUGGAUGAAUUUUUUGGAAACAAUAGGAGAAGCAACAGAACUCCAAGAAAUAAAAAAGAUAAAAGAUUAGAAGAAAUGCUAGCGUUAAUGAAGGGAAUGUCUGCAGACCAAAAAGAGCUUAAAGAGGAACUCUUAAAAUUAAAGGGAGAGAACGAAGUGCGAAAAACAAUAGAAAUUAUAGAUAAGGAGAGAAGAAAGAAUAAUGUAGUGAUGAAUGGAUUAAAAUUUGAUAACAACGAGCCGGAAGUACUGGUAAAAGAUGUGAAGGCAUUUUUGAACCAACAAUUAAAAGUUAAUAUUACACCUAAAUCAGUUACCAGGAUAGCAGAGAGAACCUGGAUAAUAGAACUACAAAAUGAAGUGGAUAAGAGGAAAAUCAUGGAAAAUAAAACAAAACUAAAAGGACAUGAGAGGAGGAAGAGUUUUUAUAAAUGA